UGCUACAUAAUUUAUAGAGAGGCUUUUUUCUGGUCUAAGUUAAAUUUCAGUUAUAGUUGGAUAAAAUAUGAACCAAGGAAGCCUUAAAUUUAAUGCAUAUCCUUAGCUCUGCACGUAGUAGGCUUUCAGAUAUUUGACUUUAAAAUAUUCUGAUCAGUAUCCUAACUAGUAUAUUUAAAAUUAGCCUUUCAAUUUAAUUGGCUUAUUUAUCUUCUCAAUAUUUGUCUUAAAAAUUAGUUUAUAUGAAUUUUUUAAAAGGUAAAAAUAUUAUGGAUGGAAUAUUUAGUUACAUAUGUGAUGCUAGUAAGGAAUGCAGAUUGCUGUUCUUUGUUAAAUCCAAAUGUAUUGAAUUAGUACUUUGAUCCCAUAUGAGUUUUUUUGGAUGAGAAUUUAAAUGUGGCAAAAAUCUUUAAGAAAAAUGUGUACCUCUUAGGAAUAUUUUGCCAUUAUAUUUUAAUGAAUGAAUACAACCUACCCCUAAGUAAAUUAAUCAGUAAGACUCUACUCACUCAGAUGGUCUGAACUAUGGACAGUGUUUCUCACCAAUGGCAACAGAAGAACCUUGAAGGCUAUGUGGGAUUUGCAAAUCUCCCAAAUCAAGUAUACAGAAAAUCAGUGAAGAGAGGGUUUGAAUUCACACUUAUGGUUGUAGGUGAAUCUGGACUGGGAAAGUCAACAUUAAUCAACUCAUUAUUCCUCACAGAUUUGUAUUCUCCAGAGUAUCCAGGUCCUUCCCAUAGAAUAAAAAAGACUGUACAGGUGGAACAAUCCAAAGUUUUAAUCAAAGAAGGUGGUGUUCAGUUGCUGCUCACAAUAGUUGAUACCCCAGGAUUUGGAGAUGCAGUGGAUAAUAGUAAUUGCUGGCAGCCUGUUAUUGACUACAUUGAUAGUAAGUUUGAGGACUACUUAAAUGCAGAAUCUAGAGUGAACAGACGUCAGAUGCCUGAUAACAGAGUGCAGUGUUGUUUAUACUUCAUUGCUCCUUCAGGACAUGGACUUAAACCGUUGGAUAUUGAGUUUAUGAAGCGUUUGCAUGAAAAAGUGAAUAUCAUUCCACUCAUUGCCAAAGCAGACACACUCACACCAGAGGAGUGCCAACAGUUUAAGAAACAGAUAAUGAAAGAAAUCCAAGAACAUAAAAUUAAAAUAUAUGAAUUCCCAGAGACAGAUGAUGAAGAAGAAAAUAAGCUUGUUAAAAAGAUAAAGGACCGUUUACCUCUUGCUGUGGUAGGUAGUAAUACUAUCAUUGAAGUUAAUGGCAAAAGGGUCAGAGGAAGGCAGUAUCCUUGGGGUGUUGCUGAAGUUGAAAAUGGUGAACAUUGUGAUUUUACAAUUCUAAGAAAUAUGUUGAUAAGAACACACAUGCAGGACUUGAAAGAUGUCACUAAUAAUGUACACUAUGAGAACUACCGGAGCAGAAAACUGGCAGCUGUGACUUAUAAUGGAGUUGAUAAUAACAAGAAUAAAGGGCAGCUUACUAAAUAUGACACAGUUGAAGGCAUGAGCCCUCUUGCACAAAUGGAAGAAGAAAGAAGGGAGCAUGUAGCUAAGAUGAAGAAGAUGGAGAUGGAGAUGGAGCAGGUGUUUGAGAUGAAGGUCAAAGAAAAAGUUCAAAAACUGAAGGACUCGGAAGCUGAGCUUCAACGGCGCCAUGAGCAAAUGAAAAAGAAUUUGGAAGCACAGCACAAAGAAUUAGAGGAAAAACGUCGUCAGUUUGAAGAUGAGAAAGCAAAUUGGGAAGCCCAACAACGUAUUUUAGAGCAACAGAAUUCUUCAAGGUAUCUAAUAUUAGAUUCCCAAGAAAUGUGUGUAUUAAUGCUUUAAAGAAUUAUUUUCCUAUUUAUUUUAAAAACAUUAAAAUAACAUUUAAAAAGACAUCAUCCAUUAUCGUAAAUCCCAAGAACAAGUAAUUUUCAUGGAUGAAUCUU